CAGAGAACCGCCAAAACUUGAGAAGGUUUGAGCGCAUUUUCUAGAAGUUCUACUACAACUCGAACUUUGUUUUGCUUUGCUUUGAGUUUAGCUUGCUUUCCAAAAUGUCUGCAACUGUCGCUUCACCUCGUACUCCAGCGUCUUCAGAGAGACUUGGGGCAGCUUCACCGACCAAGAUGACUCGACUGCAAGAAAAAGAAGAACUUCAGCAUUUGAACGAUCGCUUGUGCGUGUACAUCGACCGAGUCAAAUCUUUGGAGGAGUCCAACAGCAAGCUGACAGCAGAAAUUACUAUGACUAGGACUCGUACUCAGACGGAGGUAGAUAACGUAAGGAGUUUGUUCGAAUCGGAGCUUGCAGAUGCAAGACGACUCCUCGACGACACCGCUAAGGAGAAAGCACGCGAGCAGAUCGAGAAUCGGAAGAACGCAGCUUUGGCUGAUGAAUACAAGAAGAAGCUUGAUAAAGAGGUUGCAGCUCACAAGAAAACUGAAGAUGCCUUGAAAGCAGCUCAGAGGAAACUCUCUGACAGAGAAGGGCAACUAGCUACAGUAAAUCAAGAAGCCAAGAACUUGGAAGGUGUGAUACAAGAACUUAGGAAAGAGUGCCAAGAACUGAAGGAAGCUCUAGAGUCAGCAAAAUAUGCCCUUGAACAAGAGACCCUCUCCAGGGUGGACCUUGAAAACAAACUACAGUCCAAGGAAGAGGAACUCAAUUUUAAGAAGGAAAUGUACAACAAGGAAAUACUUGAGAUCCGCUCUCAAUUACAAAGUGUGGAGUCGCAACACUUUAAAAUUGAAUCUGAUACCAAGUCACGCUAUGAAGGAAUUCUGUCAGAAAAGCUUCAAGAACUGAGGGAAUUGUACGAUACAGAAGCCAAACAGUACAAGGAUGAAACUGACAACCUUUACAGUUCUAAGUAUGACGAGCUUCAGAAGUUGUCUGCAAAAGAUGUAGAAGAGUUGUCGAUCAUCAGAGAAGAGAAACGAACUUUGUCCAUGACAGUUGAAAAUGUCAAAUCUGAGUUGAGCCAGUUGCAGUCCAGGGUAUUCAAGAAUGUCUUUUUUUAUUGCCAUUUUUCAUGUCUUGAGUGGAAGUACUUUUUCAGGUUGAACAUCACUCCCCCAGCAUCACCAGUGUUUGGAGCUUCUGCUAAAUCUGGUAGACGUUCUACCAAACGUAUACGCACAGAAGAAGAAACAAUAGGAACUAAAUAUUCAAACCAAGGUUAUAUUCAGAUUAAGGAGGCAAGCGCUGAUGGCACUUAUGUGAAGCUUUUCAACAGUGGUGCUAAAGAUUUUCCUCUUGGUGGAUGGAGUGUGGAAAGAUCAGUUGACGGUGAACCACCGGUCACUUAUAAGUUCACUUCUAAAUAUGUUUUGAAAAGUGGAUCUCAUGUCACAAUCUGGGCAUCCAAAGGUGCUGGUCAGCACAAGCCACCAACAGAUCUAGUUUUCAAACAGAAGGCAAGCUGGGGUGUUGGCAAAGAAACAAAGACAGUUCUAAGGGACUCUGAUGGACAGGAAGCAGCUUCUGAAGUAUAUGAAGAAGUGACUAUCAGUAGGACUGGCGAACCUGACACUCAAGAAGAAGCUACUUUGAUCCGUGAAGAUGUGAGAGUCAUAAGGACUGGCGAAGCUGACAGACAAGCAGCAACCAUAAAAACUCUCGCGGAACGCCAUGGAGGCGACUGUACAAUUCAGUAGAAAUCAGUUGUGAUUUCGCGUUUUGAAUUUUGAGCGUUUUCAGUUUUCCGUGAGUCCCAUGCUCUUAGAAUAAAACAGUGUGAAUCCAGUGUGUCGACUAAGUCGAGCUAAGCUGUUAGUCUACGUGUGUUUUUUAGACGAUCAGCUCCCCGAUGCCCAUAUCUUAAAGACAACUGCUGAGAAUUGAAGGAUUAAAGUUUUUGAGUUAGUGAUUUAUUGUAUGCAACGUUGGCUCAUAGGGAAGAACUGAACAGAACGAUGGAGACUUUAAAGGUGCAUUUGUAUACAAUUAAGGUAUCCUAUCGUUUAACCUAAAAUUGUGAAGAGGACAUGGCAAUGCAUAACAAUCUUGUAAUAAUGCCUUCUGCCAUUUGUUGGUCUCACUGCUUUAAAAGUCAGAUUAAUUCCUCUUCUUUGGGUUUAGUUUGCCAAUAAAACGACAGUGUGAGUGUAUGUGUGCGUUUUUUAAAAAUCAGUACUCAGUAUGAGACCAGAUUGCUUUUGAAGCCUCUCGCCGAUGCAGAGUUUGCCUAUAUAUAUCAUAAAUAAACAUUGGUAAAUGACAA